AUGUUGCCCAGGUGUAAUCCUUUCUUGGGAAUCAGACCCUUAUUACUAAAGUCCUCCUACACUAUAUCUGUAUCGGGGGCGACUUCUGCUCAAAGAUGGUUUUCUCAAUCUCCACUAAUCUCCUCUACACCUCCCAUUGAUCAGAAUAAUGACGAAACCGCUACUACAACUCACUUUGGAUCCAAGAUUGUGCCCAAAUUAGAAAAGGAGAAAAUGGUCGGUCAUGUCUUUAGUUCCGUCGCAAGUAAAUACGAUCUAAUGAAUGAUGUAAUGUCCUUGGGGAUCCAUAGAUUAUGGAAAAAUCAUUUCAUAAAUAAAUUGGACCCAGGAAAGAGAUUAACUUCAAAACAACCUUUAAAUUUCAUAGAUGUAGCAGGUGGGUCCGGUGAUAUUGCCUUUGGGAUUUUAGAUUACGCCAAGGAAAAAUAUCAUGAUCAAGUAUCUACCAUGGAUAUUGUCGAUAUCAACCCUGAUAUGUUGAAAGAGGGUGAAAAAAGAGCAUUGGAUCAAGGAAGAUAUUAUAAUGAUCCAAGAGUUAGAUUUAUGGUUCAAGAUGGGGAAAAAUUAGAUGCAAUUGAAUCAAAUUCUAAAGAUAUUUAUACCAUUUCAUUCGGUAUUAGAAAUUUUACCGAUAUUCAAGCUGGGUUAAAUACCGCUUAUAGAGUAUUGAAACCAGGUGGAUUGUUCUAUUGUUUGGAAUUCUCUAAGAUUGAAAAUGAUUUAAUGGAUUUAGCUUAUCAACAAUGGGCUAAAAUCUUACCAGUAAUGGGAUCUGUCAUUGCAAACGAUUUCGAUUCUUAUCAAUAUUUAGUUGAAUCCAUUGAAAGGUUUCCUAAUCAAGAAAACUUCAAGACCAUGAUUGAAAAAGCUGGCUUCCAAUCAGUUGGUUAUGAAAGUUUGACAUUUGGAAUUUGUGCCAUCCAUUGGGGUGUCAAGAUUUAA